GGAAGUGACGACAAAACAUAUACAGAAGAAAACGACCAUGGCGUCAGAUUCAAACGGAUUCUCAAACAAUUUAACUUGAAACAGUCACUUAUUUCGUGUCUCCUGAUUCCUCUCUGGGAUUAAGAGGUUGUGGUCAUGCCAGGCGAGGUCGGAGAGAAGGCUCAGGCAGGGGUCCGGGCCAAGCGCAGGGAUCCAGGACAUAAGGCUGGACUCCUGGCAUCUCACCCACGGUCCUCUGCCCAGCUCAACUCCCAGGAGGAGAUCGUCAGGCUAAAGGAGGUGAUUGUGGAGUUGGAGUGUGAGCGUGCAAAAGUGCAAGAGUGUGACAGAAGCAAACAAGCAUGUCAGAAAGAGGCCAGAGAGUCUGACCCCACUGACCUGAGAUGGCGGAUCAACCAGCUGGAGGGAGAGAAACUGGAGCUAGGCUCUAAACACAACCAGGAGGUCUCACAGCUGGAGGCUCAGGUUGCUAGGCUACGGGCACAGGUUGAGCGUGGGGAGGCUGUGCGUCAGACACUGGAGUAUGACAUCGCCGUGGCUACGAGAGACUCAAGCUCAGAGAGGAGCAAAGCAGAGGCCAGGUUGUCUGAAUUGCAAAAAGAGAAUCAAGAACUCAAAGACUUGAAUGUGGAACUCUGUCAGACGGCCCAGGACAUGCAGAGGGCUCUGGAGAUUAGCCGGCAGGCCCGGGAGGAGGACCAGCAGGGCCUCAGUGCGGAGCUCACCGAGAGGGACCAGCUGCUGCUCACGGCCCAUGCAGAAAACGACCAGCUCAUUGCAGACAAGAACAGACUGCAGGCAAUUCUUCAGGUAGUAGUAGUAGUAGGCCUUUAUUGUCACAUGUGAAAACACAUUUUUCCUUAUUGUCACACUUUAUUAUCACAGUGAAAUUAACUGUCAACC